AUGGCCGCGGAUGCCACGUCCGGAUGGCUCCUGAAGCGCUGCGCUGCGCUUGGUGACCGCUGGGUCCGCCACUGGUGCGUGUUCAAGUACAGCCAGGAAGAGGAUGUUCUGGCUCUGGAUUGCUACGCAGAUGAGUCUUGCAGGAGGCGGCUGUACCACAUUUGCAUGGGCAAGGGUGCGCGUGUGAUGCAGAUGCAGUCCAAGGAAAUCCCAGCUGCCUUCCUCAAGUUCAGGAAGCAGCAUCCACACAGCUUGAUCGUCCACGCAGGGGACGGCCGUUUGUGUCCUUUCUACCUGUUUGACGCGGUGAAUGAAGACAGCGUUCGAGUGUGGAGAAGCAACGUGACCUCGCAGAUGCAGGCGCUGGAGUUGAAGAGGAGGCGACACCAGGAAGAACAGCUAUCGAGCGAUCGUUCCAAGAUCAUCGACUGCAUCUUUGCCUUGCUGGACCGCCGAAGGUCGGGCAGCAUUUGGUCCGAUGACUUGCGGCGCUACGCUGAGACGUCAGGGUUCUUGGGCACUGAUGACGAGUGGCAGCACGAGUUUGAAGAACUUUGUGAAGACCGCGGAUGGAAGGAGGAGAAACAGAUCAGUGCCAACCAGUUCGGAAAGUUCUUGAGCAGUGACACCAGUGUCUCCAUUGAAGAGCUAUCCAAGAUCCUAGAGUGCCUUGAGGGAUUGUAUGAUCCCCCGGCAACUGACUCCUGGGCAAAACAGAGUGUGGUGACCAACAACCUGAAGCUGAAGACCAGGUCUGAUAUUAUCACGGCCCUCUUCAACUGCUUGAAGUCCAGCGAGACAGGUCGGAUCGGAUGUGAGGAGCUGCAGCGCUAUGCCGCACUCUCGGGCUUCGAUGGCGAUGACGAUGACUGGCUGGAAGAGUAUGGCGAUCUUUGCGAAGAUCAGGGAUGGGACAAGGACAUCGGUCUUGCCCACGAGGAUUUCAUGGGCAUGCUGGAAGACGAUUCCAUGGGGUCGGAUGAAGAGCUGAAGGCCAUGUUGAUGGAGCUGCGCAUGCCGCGGAAGCGGGGGGCCAGGACCCUUGAUCAAAUGUCCCAUUUGGCCAAGAAGAGUGCAGCAGGUCGUGUACGAACAGAGGUUUCGCAGAUGUCACGCGAGGACCUGGUGAAUGAGGCCUUUGUCUCUUUAGACGUGAAGCGGACUGCGGUGCUUGGCUCGCGUGAGUUCAGGCGCUACGCGGAGCUGACCGGCUACGACGGAGGUGAUGAAGGGUGGCCUUUGCUUUACUCGGAGCUCUGCCAAGAGUAUGGAUGGCAGAGUGGAGCUGGAGUCACCCGAGAGCAGUUUGCAGUCUUCAUUGGAGACGAGUCGCAUUCACCUGACGACGAGCUGCAGCGCUUGGCUCAGUCCCCGGAACUGGUCCUGGAGCUCCGACUGCGUCAGGACGUGGCCUUGCGCCGCUUCCGAAGACACGCUGUGUUCUUGAAGCCGAGCGCUGCUGUUCUGGUUUUCCUGCUGUCCAGAGGCAGUUUUCGAUGCCCUGGAUCGCAAGCGGACUCAGAAGCUGGAUUCGAAGGCUAUGCACAUCUGACCGGCUUCUAUGGCACCGAUGCUGACUGGGAUGCGGAGUUCCGUGGCAUGUGUGAGAAUCUCCACUGGAGUGAGCUGGAAGGAGCAAGCAGAUCCCAGUUUCGCGACUUCAUUGGCGAUGAGGAAAACACCAGUAAUGAGGAGCUUCAGGUCCUCCUCUUCAACCUGCCGAAGGAUCAAGCCCGACGCAGCCUGGUAGCCUCGCGCUACAAAGGCCUGGCCCGGCGAGAGCUCUUGGAGGAGCUCUUUGCCGCACUCUCGGAAGGCCCCGAGCUUCCCCCAUCGCAGCUCAGACGCUUGGCCGAGCUGACCGGGGCUUCGAGCUUGAGAGGCGAGUCUGGAAUGACAAGAGCUCAGUUUGUGAGGGUUCUUGAAGACGAUGGGCAGACAAGCACAGACAUGCUGCGACAAGCACUUUUGACUGUUCGCGGCGAAGCUUUGAUCUCUGGAAAGCCGUGGAGCCGUCGCAGCUUCGUGCAAACGUGGAGGAGGUCAGACGUGGCAAACAUGGACAGGCCCAGCAUGAUCGAGGCAAUCUUCGCAACGCUUGACCAGUCGAAGAGUGGAGUGUUGGACUCGGACCGCAUCAGAGCGUAUGCAGAGCAGACCGGGUUUGAAGGGACGGACGGAGACUGGGCGGAGCAGUUUGCCGCAAUGUGUCAGCAUUUUGGUUGGGUGCAGGACGAGGGCAUAACGCAGAGUCAGUUCCGUGAGCUUGUAGAGGACGACGACGAGACGGACGAUGACGAACUGCGGCAAGCCCUUCUAAACUUGCAAAUGCAACCCGGGACGAGCGGCAGAGCAUCUGUAGUCGGAUCUUCCUGGCAACGUAAACGCAGCUUCGUGCAGACGUGGAGGAUGUCAGACGUAGCGAACAUGGACAGACCAAGCAUGAUCGAGGCAAUCUUCACAACGCUUGACAAGCGGAGGAGUGGAGUGUUGGACUCGGAGCACAUCAGAGCGUAUGCAGAGCAGACAGGAUUUGAAGGGACGGCCGGGGAUUGGGCGGAGCAGUUUGCCGCCAUGUGUCAGCAUUUUGGCUGGGCGCAGGGCGAGGGCAUAACGCAGAGUCAGUUCCGUGAGCUUGUUGAGGACGACGACGAGACGGAUGACGACGAACUGCGGCAAGCCCUUCUAAACUUGCAAAUGCAACCCGAGACGAGCAGCAGAGCAUCUGUAGUGGGAUCUUCUUGGCAGCGGAAGAGCUUGCUGCAUCUGCCCAGUCAAGACUUUGCGGCGAACAUGUCCAGGCCCGACAUCAUAUCCGCAAUCUUCUCGCUGCUUGACACAGCUGGGCAUGCAAAGCUGUUUUCCGCCCAGCUCAAGCAGUUUGCAAUCUCGAGCGGGUUCGAAGGUGAUGCAGACGAAUGGUCCAGCCAGUUUGAUGCGAUGUGUGCGCAUUUUGGAUGGAAUGUUUCCGAAGGUAUUUCCAAGGCCCAGUUUGUGGAGUUCGUUGGAGAUGAGGUCGAGCACAGCGACGACGAGCUGCGCCGAGUGCUGGUCAGUCUUGCACAGCGAUAA